AUGAAUUGCAGACGCUUCCAUGCACAACAAGUGGUCGACAACGAUGACCAACCGAAAAAGAAACCUAUCGAGUAUCUGAAUCACAACAUAUCAUUUAUCGACAAGUGGGCAAGGAAAAAAAGAUGGAAAAUCGGAAAAAAACAAGUGCUGAAGACCGCCUAUCAAGAGAAUCCCAAAGUCUUUGAUAUGGAGCCUGUGGAGCUGCAUAGCGACGCAGAUGGGGAAGAAGAUGCUAUGUUCUCAGAUCACAGCGUGCAGACAAAGCUGUCGAAGGUCCUGACAUUCAAUGCAGGGAAGAUUCCAAUGGCAUCACACACCAUCAGCGGCAGUGCACGCAGGCCGACUACUACUCACCAGGACACAGAGGCUCAAAAAGCGGAUGGUACUAGCGACGACUCUGGUGAUGACAAUGACGACUUGGCAUCAACAGGUUAUUCUCCUCUCAAGGCUGGGACUGACCACACCGAUGACGAGGAUAAUGAUGCCAUUGCAGAACUAUUGCCUGCUACUCGGAGGACCAAAUGA